UCUUCAGUCCAGCAGGGACAGCUGGGGGUCUCCACUCUGAUUUAAGAGCCCUGCGCGUUGAGGACGCCCACUUCUUUAAACCCACCGCUGUGCGUAAAGGCUGUGCGUAAAAAUCCGUAGGCUGAUCCGAACAGCUCUUGAAAAAAAACAUUUUUUUCUUGCUUUAGGUUCAUGUGGACCACUUGAUUUUACCAAACGGAGACGACAGAGGAUUAAGGCGCUAUUUCUGCCCUACUUUUCUUAUUUCUUUUCAUCGGAAGUCCUACGACCGGUCGCCAGAAUGAUGUCCUAUCUGAAGCAACCGCCGUACACGGUGAACGGACUGAGCUUAUCUACCUCAGGAGUGGACCUGCUGCAUCCUUCAGUGGGAUACCAAGGGACCCCUCGCAAACAGCGGAGGGAGAGAACGACCUUCACCCGGGCCCAGCUCGACGUGCUGGAGAAUCUGUUCGGCAAGACUCGGUACCCAGAUAUCUUCAUGAGGGAGGAGGUGGCCUUGAAGAUCAACCUGCCUGAAUCCAGAGUGCAAGUGUGGUUCAAAAACAGGCGAGCCAAACAUCGCCAGCAGGCCCAGCAGACCCAGAGCGGAGUCCAGAACAAGCCGGUGAGCAGGCCGGUGAAGAAGAAGGGCUCCCCCGUCCGAGAGGGGAGCUCUGAGAGCGGAGCCAGCGGCCAGUUCACGCCGCCCUCCAGCACCUCCAUCCCGGCUGUGAGCAGCAGCAGCAACAGCAGCAGCGGCAGCGCGGCGCCCGUCUCCAUCUGGAGCCCGGCCUCCAUCUCCCCGCUGUCCGACCCGCUGUCUACCUCCUCCUCUUCCUGCAUGCAGCGCUCCUACCCGAUGACCUACACCCAGGCGACCGGCUACAACCAGGGCUACACGGGCUCCUCGUCCUACUUCACGGGGAUGGACUGCGGUUCCUACCUUUCGCCUAUGCACCACCAGCUAUCCGCCGCGGGCUCCGCCAUGAGCCCCAUGGGCAGCAACGGGGUCUCCAGCCACCUGAGCCCGGCGUCCUCCCUCUCCUCGUCGGCGUACGGAGCGGCUGGACUCGGCUUCAGCGGCGCCGCAGACUGCCUGGACUAUAAGGACCAAACAGCCUCUUCGUGGAAGCUCAAUUUCAACGCGGACUGUUUGGAUUACAAAGACCAAGCAGCGUGGAAAUUUCAAGUAUUGUGAGGAGAGAGAUAAUGAAAAAAUUCAGACUAUUACAGCCCAAAAUGUGGCGUAUUUUCCCCCCAUGAGGCCCAAACUUCUACCUCGGGCUGCGCAGAGCAGGACUGCCAUGCGGUUGUCUCACUUGUUGGGUUAACUUAUUGAACAUUGAGACUGACUUCUCCCCAACUUUGAUCAAGGGCACGGAACAAAUUUGCUGACCAAAAGGAGAAAAAAGGAUCAAGAGAGCGAAAGAUCCAAGCCUAACUUGGUUAAGUUUGAGGGAUAGGUCAGGGUUUCUUCUAAGCUCCUUAAAGACUCCCCUCUUGUCUUCUUUUUUUGAAAUUUUGUUGGCACACUGAUGGGCCCCUUUGAUCAAAGCGUUACGCAUGAGUGUGUGUUGUAUGCGUGUGUGAGAGAAAGCAGCUCUGACAUGGAUGCACUAUUUAAUUUAUGAGAAAAUAUUAGUUAUGCGACAAUCAGUCUGUUUGAGUGUGAGAAUAAAAGUCCCUUCUGUGUUUUUUGAAUUAUUAUUAUUAUUUCCUCCCUCCAUGUGUUAGUUUUGAUUUUUUUAAGUUGUGAUUCUUUGUACUACCUGUAUGCAAUUUUGUUUUCGCGUUUGCGCAAUUCGUGCGCAAACAAGCCAGCUGUGAAUUUGAUAGUUUUAUUUCCCUGUCUGGAGUGUUAAAUGAUAAAUUAUUAUGAGGACGUAUUAGUUCAGUGAAAUCAGGAGAGCGAGGAGUGAAUCAAGCCAGCAGCAAAGAAGGUGCAUUUGAGCUGUAAAGUGCGAUGAAAGAGACACAAACACACUAAACGACAAUAAAGAUCCACUUGACCUGA